AUGGUUUUCUUACAGACUGUGUCUCCUCCGAGCGAGGGUGUGAGGCACGAACAAGCGGAAACCACAGCAGUUUUGGACGGGAAAGGACUUGGAUCAGGAACACUCUGCGUUGCAGAAACGCGCGUGUCCUGGUUUGAUGGGUCUGGAUUUGGAUUUGAUUUGGAAUAUCCAUCAAUUAGCCUCCACGCCAUCUCACGUGACCUGAGCUCAUAUCCUAAAGAACACCUAUAUGUUGUUGUCAGUUCCAGAAGGAAAGACUUUGAAAAAGAGGAAGAUAAAGAGGAGGGUGAAGAUGAAACAAGCUCUGAUGAAGAGGAGGAGGAGGAUGAUGAUGACGACGGCGACGAUGGCUCUGGCCCCAUUACGGAGAUCCGCUUUGUCCCAAAUGAUAAAGCUUCUUUGGAGACCCUGUUCUCUGCCAUACUCGAGUGUCAAGCUCUGCACCCAGACCCAGACGACUCAGACUCCGACUUCGACGGCGAUGAGUAUGAUGUUGAAGAGGCUGAGCAAGGCCGGAUUGAUCUGCCCACGCUGUACUCUUUUGAGAAGGGUCUGUCUCAGUUAGCGGUGGAGAGUCCGGCCCCACAGGAGAGGGCCGGAGGGAGCCUGCCUCAGUCCGGUUCUCCUCCCCACGCCAGGACCGACGACUCCGGAUCCUGCAGUACAGGUGAGCUGAGGACAGAUGCGUGUGUCCGCGGGGUCCCAGGCCAGAGUGAGGAGGCUGAUAUCGACCACUGGUAA